AUGAUCUUCUGUGAUCGCAUUCGCCACGACCUGAUGGAAAACAACAGCAAAUCCUUCACUAUUGUCGGCGGCGACUUGAACGGUCUCAAGGAAGUUUUGGCUUGGAUCAAACAGUGCAUUGCUGAACAGAGUAUCGUCAAGUUCAAAGAUCUCGACGACGACAAAUCCGACCUCUUCACUUCCUACGCCAAUGUUGUAAUUUCUGCUUACUACCUGGGCAUUCCGCCGCGCGACCUCUCCGACCAUAUCCUCAAACGAAUGUUCGCCAUCGCUCGUAAACAACUCAUGAGCUGGGAGGAAGUCGAGUGGUUCUACACGACCCAUUCGCUCGCGACACUCCCGGCCGAGAAAGAAAAGGCUAUCCGUGAAGUGGCUGCCACUUCUGUUUUCUGGGCAUGGUGGAAUGGCAAGCUUGACGAGAACGAGACACCAGAGGAGAUGAUGACUUUGAGCGUGUUGAGGCAGGAGAACAGCAAACUGGAUCAGGAUUUGCAUGAUUGGUGUUGGAGGAACGAGGCAGAAGUGAGGCAGAAGUGGGAGGAGAAGGACCAACUCAAGAAGUCUGCUCGUCAUGCGAAUGGCCAUCGCAGUGAAAGUGGAUAUGUGGUUGACGGCGCCAGUGAAGGUGGAUAUGGAGCCAGAUGGGAUGAGCCAGCAAAUGCGACUUCCACUACAGGGACCAAUGGCUGGGAUAACUUCAGCAGCGAAGAACCCCUGGGCCCACCCAACUCAACGGUGACCGUGGACUCUAGCGUUGACAUGGGAUCUGAUGGUAGGAACAUUUCUGCUUUGCCUCCUCUAGACGAGAUGGACGGGAUCAAUGGUGCCGCUGACUGGGCUGAGGAGGUCAGCGAGGUUACUCGGUUCAACAGCUCGCAGUGGUAG